AUGGGCUCUGGAGAAGCGAGCCUCCUCAGGGCCGGGUGGUCCCUGCCUUUCCUGCUUCCACUCUGCGUGGGAGGCAUGACUCAGGACUCCCCACCCCAGAUCGUAGUCCAUCCCCAGGACCAGCUGCUCCAGGGUCCCGGCCCGGUCAAGAUGACCUGCCGCGCCUCAGGCCAGCCGCCUCCUACCAUCCGCUGGCUGCUGGAUGGGCAGCCCCUGAGCAUGAUGCCCCUGGACCUACAUGACCUCCUUCCUAAUGGGACCCUCCUGUUGAUGCGACCUCCCUCCCGGGAACCUGCCUACAAUGACCAGGUCCUACCCACAGACCUGGGCGUCUACACCUGUGAGGCCAGCAACCGGCUGGGCACGGCUGUCAGCCGAGGUGCUCGGCUGUCUGUGGCCGCCCUCCGGGAGGAUUUCCAGGUUCAGCCUCGGGACAUGGUGGCCACGGUGGGCGAGCAGGUUACUCUGGGGUGCAGACCGCCCUGGGGCCUCCCGGAGCCCACAGUCUCAUGGUGGAAGGACGGGAAACCCCUGGCCCUACAGCCAGGGCAGCACAGGGUGUCUAGGGGUUCCCUGCUGGUGGCAAGAGCAGAGAAGAGCGACUCGGGGACCUACAUGUGUGUGGCCACCAACAAUGCUGGGCGGCGGGAGAGCCGGGCCGCCUGGGUGUCUGUCCUGGAACCCCAGGACCACAAGGAACCCCUGGAGCUCCUGGCGGUGCGCGUUCAGCUGGAAAAUGUGACCCUGCUGAACCCCGACCCUGCAAAGGGCUCCAAGCCGGGGCCCGCUGUGUGGCUCAGCUGGAAGGUAAGCGGUCCUGCCGCGCCUGCUCAGUCCUACACAGCCUUGUUCAGGACCCAGCCGGCCCCGGGAGGCCAGGCCGCUCCGUGGGCAGAAGUCCUGCUGGCCGGCUGGCAGAGCGCAGAGCUUGGGGGCCUCCACUGGGGCAGAGACUACGAGCUCAAAGUGAGACCCUCCUCUGGCCGGGCUCAAGGCCCUGACAGCAAUGUGCUGCUCCUGAGGCUGCCGGAACAAGUGCCCAGUGCCCCUCCCCGGGAGGUGACCCUGAAAUCUGGCAAUGGCAGUGUCUUUGUGACCUGGGUCCCACCACCUGCAGAAAACCACAACGGCAUCAUCCGUGGCUACCAGGUCUGGAGCCUGGGCAACACCUCACUGUCCCCAGCCAACUGGACCGUGGCAGGCGAGCAGACCCAGCUGGAGAUCGUCACCCACAAGUCGGGCUCCUACUGUGUGCAAGUGGCUGCAGUCACUGGUGCUGGGGCUGGGGAGCCCAGUAGCCCUGUCUGCCUCCUUUUAGAGCAGGCCAUGGAGCGAGCUGUCAAAGAGCCCAGUGACCACGGUGCCUGGACCCUGGAGCAGCUGAGGGCCACUCUGAGGCGGCCGGAGGUCAUCGCCAGCGCAGGGGUCAUGCUCUGGUUGUUGCUGCUGGGCACUGCCGUGUGUGUCCAUUACAGGCGCCGAGCUGGGGUGCACCUGGGCCCAGGUCUAUACCGAUAUACCAGUGAGGAUGCCAUCCUAAAACACAGGAUGGACCACAGUGACUCCCCCUGGCUGGCAGACACUUGGCGUUCCACCUCCGGCUCCCGGGACCUGAGCAGCAAUAGCAGCCUCAGCAGCCGUCUGGGGGUUGACCCCCGAGACCCUGCGGACUGCCGUCACUCCUUGAUCUCCUGGGACUCCCGAAACCCCGGAGUGCCCCUGCUUCCAGACACCAGCACUUUCUAUGGCUCCCUCAUUGCCGAGCUGCCCUCCGGCCCCCCAGCCCGGCCAAGCCCCCAGGUCCCAGCCGUCAAGUGCCGCCCGCCCCAGCUGGCCCGGCUCUCCAGCCCCUGGCCCAGCGCAGACAGCCUCUGCAGCUGCCGGGGGCUCGCUUCUCCUCACUUGUCUCUGGCCCCUGCGGAGGCCUGGAAGGCCAAAAAGAAGCAGGAGCUGCACCAGGCCAACAGCUCCCCACUGCUCCGGGCCAGUCGCCCCAUGGAGCUCUGGGCCUGGGAGUUGGGGGGCAGAGGCUCGAAGAACCUUUCCCAAAGCCCAGGAGCUGUGCCACGAGCUCUGGUUGCCUGGCGGGCCCUGGGACCCCAGCUCCUCAGCUCCCAAAUGAGCUGUCUACUCGUCCCCUCCCCCCGGCACCGCCUUCUCCUCAUGGAACCCCCACGCAGAGUCAACAGACCCAGCACUUGGUGGAGUCCCAAGCUUCCUCCUCCCUCCCACUACCAGCAGUCCCCACCCCUACCCUUAUCCCCUCAAGUCCCCCCAGCCCCUCCAGCCCCCGGGCCUCUUCCCUCUCUGGUCCCAGCCUGGCUUCCAGUCGCUUAUCCAGCUCUUCACUGUCAUCCCUGGGGGAAGAUCAGGACAGUGUGCUGA